AUGCACGAGGGUUCUGAGCUGCCUAACGAUAUCCCUCCGAGGUCUUUGCUGAAAACCGCUGGUCAGAUUCUGGUCACUGGACAAUACCAAAAAGCUCGACCGUACUCCGUUGAAGCUGUUCUCUUGUUCGGCAUCUGCAAGUUUCUUCAGAAAGUAGAUCCAGACACGGAACCAUGGUUGGUGAUAGGUGUAGCGGCUCGGAUGGCGCUAAGAAUGGGCUACCACCGUGACCCACAAUAUCUACCACAUAUUUCCCCAUUUCAAGGAGAAAUGCGUCGGCGGACAUUCUCUAUCCUGCAAGCCUUCGAUCUCUUACUAUCUUUCCAGGCCGGCCUACCCGCCACAUUACAUGAAGAUGCAUGUGAUACCGAUCUACCUCGAAAUUUGUUCGACGAAGAUUUCGACGAAGAUUCUACAGUCAUACCACCGUCACGACCAUUAACCGUCCCAACGCCCAUGAUCUAUCACUGCUUCAAGGGUCGAUUGUGCCGAAGUUUUAGACCAGUUGCUCGACUUGCAUUGUCGCCCAGGGCUCCGUCAUAUGAGGACAUCAUGAAAGCUGAUGCCGAAUUACGUAAAGCGCAUGCCUCGAUCCCACCAAGCCUCGCCAUGAGACCACUAUCUUUAUCCAUUACAGAUGAAGUGCAUGUUAUCCAACACAGAUUCAAUGUAGACCUGGUCUACCAAACCGGCAUGAUGAUCCUCCAUCGUACAUAUAUCAGCCACCAAAGAUCAAACCCCACUUUCGAGUACUCCCGCAAGACUUGUAUUAAGGCGAGCCUAUCAAUGCUCAAGUGGCAAGCUGACCUACACCUUGCCACCCUGCCAGGUGGCCAGCUUCACAACAGUUCCAGAUUUAUAGCUUCAAGCUUGAUUCAACAUGACUUCCUCCUAGCUGCCAUGGUUGCUUGUCUCGACCUUUACGAAUCACACCGUCGGUCGGAAAUCGACAAAAUAACAGACGCAGAGUUUGAGGCUCACAAAGAUAUAUACAAUGCCUUGAAGUUUUCGCAUCAGAUAUGGAUGUCGAGAAGUUCAAGCUCUCGAGAUGCGAAACGCGCAUCAGCCAUACUGGGAGUCAUGAUGGCCAAGAUUCCAGAUCCAAGUGUAGCGCGAGGUUCUAAGACCAAUACGCUCCCAGCAGGAUCUUUCGACCAAGACCACUCCGUGCUGGGAUCCACAACACCAGGGAUGUUGACUUUGAGUUUAUCUCCUUUUCCAAAAGAGCAAGCGCAACCAUUCACAAGCAUUCUUGAAAAUGAAGAAACAGGAUUUUCAGAAAGUGGAGCCUUCGAGGCAUUGCUCAGGGACGAAGAGGUCAAUUGGAAUCUUGUCGAUCAGUAUCUCUUUGGCCGUGGGGCGGGCCUGGAUGAAUUUUGGAUGCGCGAGUUGUAA